AUGCCGACCCUCAAGACGCUUUUCACUUUUAGGAACCUUGAAAGGAAGGUCCAGGACGCCGCUGGAUUCCAUUUUGAAGAAACUGAAAAGGAAAAAGAAAGAAAGGAUAAAAAAAAAGCCAGCGCAAUGGAACAAUUUAAUAAUCGAGGAGUAUCAAGGUGCGAAACUUCUAUUAAUUCUGUUAGAAGUGUUAAAAUUUCUGUUAUAUUUGACAUGAUGUUUUGGCUCUUCGGUUUCCGUAUGACUGGAUGGAAUUUCGAAGAUUUUUGGCUUCCCAGGCGGCAUUUUGAAGGUCCAGAACACCAAAGUGCGGGGCUCCGAUUUGGCCAAAUCUACAGGGAAAUCGGCUCCAAUUUGGAUACCGGAAUUCUGCAAGGAAACCGGCUCCAAUUUGGAUACCGAAAUCCCGCAAGUAAAGUUUCUAUUUUUGAAACUUUUUGA